UCUAUUUGAGCUGUGUUUCCUAGCUAUUACUGUUGGUUUUCUUCUUGGGCUUCAACGAAAGUCAACGACAUUAAAAAUUUUAAACCCAUACAUACAGCGUUUCACCUAAGUUUGAGCCUUCAAUCAGGCCUCUUCCUCUUCUUUUCUCUUCUCUCUCUCUCUCUCUCUCUCUCUAUCUGUGUGAAAUUCUACUCUAAAUUUUGUUUGUACAAUACAAAAGUUUUCAAAUUUUGGGUGCAGUGGAGCCUUUUUCUUGGAAGUUUUAAUCAAGAUCCAUAUUUUUAUAAUAGAAAGAGAAUUGAGAAGCGUCAUAAAGUUUGUUCCAGGAAAAAAAUGGGAUACUUAGAAAAAUGUUGUUUUGGUAGAACUCAUGCACUCCAUGUUUUUUUUCUCUUCAUUGUAUUUUAGUUCAUGUAUGCGACCGAACAAAAUACAAGCAUGGAGCUAAAGAAAGUGAGGUUUUACAACGAUGAAAAACAAAAUCUACGAUCUCCAUGGGAAAAAAAUGACACCCAGAAACAGUUAGAAAAGCCUUUGCCAGUGUACAAUGUCUCUGCAGCUCUGUUAAAACCAGAGGGUGGUGGUGUUGGUGUUCGCGAUUUUAAAAACCAAAGUAUUAAUACAACUUCCACGUUUGGAAAGCUUAAGGUUUCCCCAGAGAAUCAUAAGCAAUGGCAUAGGCGAAUUCUUGAUCCUGGAAGUGACGUUGUCCUGCAAUGGAACAGGAUUUUCCUCUUUUUUUGUUUGGUAGCACUCUUUGUUGAUCCACUUUUUUUCUACGUUCCAAUGGUAGUGAACAAUGCCAGUACUUUGUGUAUGACAACUGAUUUGAGACUGGGGAUUGUGAUAACGUGUUUUAGGACAAUUGCUGAUAUAUUUUACAUGUUACAUAUAGUCAUAAAGUCCCGGACAGCUUUUGUAUCACCAAGUUCAAGAGUGUUUGGGAGAGGUGAGCUUGUCAUGGAUCCAAAGAUGAUUUUGAGGCGGUAUUUAAGAUCGGAUUUCUUGGUAGAUCUCAUAGCUGCGCUGCCUCUUCCUCAGAUUGUGAUAUGGUUCAUUCUACCAGCAAUUAAAUCCUCACAAGCUCAUAGUACUGACAAUACCCUUGUACUGAUUGUUCUGCUCCAAUAUAUUCCCAGACUAUAUCUCAUUUUCCCAUUAAGUUCUCAGAUUAUCAAAGCCACUGGUGUCGUCACAAAAACUGCUUGGGCUGGGGCUGCAUAUAAUCUCCUACUCUACAUGUUAGCUAGUCAUGUCUUAGGGGCAUCAUGGUAUUUGCUGUCCAUUGAACGGUAUGCAACUUGCUGGAAAUCUGAAUGCAGAAUGGAAGAUAGCCCUAUAAAAUGUGUCCCUCGUUACUUGUCAUGUGAUACUUUGGAUGACGAUGAUCGCAUCAAAUGGGAAAACAGCACUGCUGUGUUUAAUAACUGCAAUCCAAAUAAUUCUAGCAGUUUCAAUUAUGGCCUAUUUGCAAAUGCCAUGACAAAUAAUGUUGUCUCCUCAGUGUUUGUUGAGAAGUAUUUCUAUUGUCUGUGGUGGGGCUUACAGAACUUGAGUUCUUAUGGCCAGAAUUUAUCAACAAGCACAUUUAUAGGGGAAACUUCUUUUGCCAUACUCAUUGCAAUAAUGGGACUGGUGUUGUUUGCCCAUUUGAUUGGAAAUAUGCAGACCUAUCUGCAAUCUAUCACUGUGAGGCUUGAGGAGUGGAGGCUCAAGCGACGAGACACUGAGGAGUGGAUGAGACAUCGCCAACUCCCUCAGGAUCUGCAAGAACGUGUCAGGCGAUUUGUGCAGUACAAGUGGCUUGCAACUCGAGGAGUUGAUGAAGAGUCAAUCUUACGUGCCUUACCUCCAGAUCUCCGUCGAGAUAUCCAACGCCACCUAUGCUUGGACCUUGUUCGACGUGUACCCUUUUUCUCACAGAUGGAUGAUCAACUACUUGAUGCUAUUUGUGAGCGGUUGGUGUCAUCCUUAAGUACUCAGGGCACCUGCAUUGUUCGUGAAGGUGACCCUGUGACAGAGAUGCUUUUUAUAAUCCGAGGGAGGCUAGAGAGCUCAACUACAAAUGGAGGCCGGACAGGUUUCUUCAACUCAAUUACUUUGAGACAAGGUGAUUUUUGUGGGGAAGAGCUGCUUGCAUGGGCGUUGCUUCCAAAAUCUACUGUCAACUUGCCUUCUUCUACAAGAACAGUUAGAGCCAUUGUUGAAGUGGAAGCCUUUGCACUGCGAGCAGAAGAUCUCAAAUUUGUUGCCAAUCAGUUUAGACGUCUCCAUAGUAAGAAGUUACAGCAUACUUUCCGAUUUUAUUCUCACCACUGGAGGACAUGGGCUGCCUGCUUCAUUCAGGUUGCUUGGCGUCGACACAAGAAGAGGAUGACUGCAAAGAGCCUUAGCAUGAAAGAGUCAUUCUCAUAUAGUCUUGAUGAGCAAGUAGCUAAUGAAACAGAACAAGGUAAGGAAGAGCAUUCUACAUCAUCUUCAACUAGUUUGCAAGCAAAGCAGAACCUAGGUGUCACAAUAUUGGCUUCAAGGUUUGCUGCAAACACACGGAGAGGAGCUCAGAAAAUCAAGGAUGUUGGAUUGCCUAAGUUGCAAAAGCCUGAAGAGCCAGACUUCUCAAUGGAACCAGAGGAUGACUAGUUCGAUUGUGUUAAAUUAAAUUAUAUGAGGGCCAAUGGUUAUCAUUGCCAAGGGUGAAGAAGAUAACAAAGCUUCAAAAAAUCAUCAAAAGGAAAUUAAAUUCUUCAUAUGGUAGGAUAGGUUUAACGCUCAGGUGUGAUUGCAUAAACUGUAUACUAAAUUGGUAUUGCCCUUCCAAAAGCUGUAUCAAACAUGUAUGAUAUAUACUUUAGCAUGUACUUAUAUUUAGCAUGUCUUGUUAAAAGUAGAUCUGACCAUAGUUUAAGCAUAUUUUACAGCUGAAGGAUUCAAUGUGUGCCAUAAAACUUGCAACUUAUUGAGUUGUUCAUUUCUAA